UGAGACAGUUGAUUCACUGUAGUGUCAAACACAUUUCUGUAGCACACUGGCUCAUCGAAGUCAUGGUUUCAAGGGUUAGGUCGAGCAUUUUAUGUGUUUUUUGUUUGCUCCUGAUCCAGGCAGUUUGGGCUGAUAUCUGCACAGGCUACUGGGGCCAAAAUGGUAUAUUUUAUAAUGACCAGCAGUGUAGCAAGUACUGCUGUGGAAAUUGCAAUUAUAAAGUCUGCUGCAGCAACAAGAACCUCAGACUGACUGAAGAAGCACAAAGACAGUGUCCAUCAAACAGACCUUUCGACAUUGGUUUGAUUGUGGGAAUCACGUGUGCUGUUGUUAUUCCUGUAAUGCUCGGUGUGACCCUCAUCGUUUGCUGUGUCUCUCCUCACUGUUUGAUCUACAAGUGCUGCAGAAAAAGACACAACCAAAGGCAGACAAGUGUAACAAACACCACAGUCAACACACCUCAGUCUCCACACUCUCCUUCUGGACAUCAACCAACCUAUGCAGGCUAUCAGUCCGUGCCAGGACAUGAGGGUAUGCCUUCAGCACCGCCCCCAUCAUAUCUGGAGAUCACUGCACCAGCCUCCUUCCCACAAGGACAUCCCCUCCACCCUCUCAGCCAACCUGAGUCACCUCCUCCAUAUUCAGAAGAAAUUGACCAGCCGCCAUACAACCCGUCUUAUGCAUCACAGCCCUGAGUUCAGGACCACUGACCUGGUUAAAGUCAAUUCCAAAAGUA